UACUCCUUUUUGCAUCAGGGCUUGUUCUAUUGCUAGGAACUCUUUUUUUUUUUAAUCAAAAUUAAGGGGUUUUGUCUUGCUGUCUUGCUCUUGAGGAUUAUCAUCUGCUGGUUAUUGGAUCUUGGAAGCUUUUGUUUUGGAGGGUUUAGGACUUGUAACCUUGCUCUUGCUUCUAUUUAUUGUCAAUGGCUGACGGUCAUGAAACUGAUAAGAACAUCGAGAUAUGGAAGAUAAAGAAACUCAUCAAGGCCUUGGAGGCUGCAAGGGGCAAUGGCACGAGCAUGAUCUCUCUUAUCAUGCCUCCUCGUGAUCAAAUCUCAAGAGUUACAAAGAUGCUUGGUGAUGAGUUUGGUACUGCCUCUAACAUCAAAUCUAGGGUUAACAGGCAAUCUGUUCUUGGUGCCAUUACCUCGGCCCAACAAAGGCUUAAGCUGUACAACAAAGUCCCCCCUAAUGGGCUGGUUUUAUAUACAGGGACUAUAGUUACUGAAGAUGGGAAAGAGAAGAAAGUGACAAUAGACUUUGAGCCCUUCAAACCUAUUAACGCCUCUUUGUACCUUUGUGACAACAAGUUCCAUACUGAGGCCUUAAAUGAGCUCUUGGAGUCCGAUGACAAGUUUGGCUUCAUUGUCAUGGAUGGUAAUGGCACGUUGUUUGGCACUCUUAGUGGAAACACCCGAGAAGUUCUCCAUAAGUUCACAGUGGACCUUCCUAAGAAACAUGGAAGAGGAGGGCAGUCAGCCUUGCGAUUUGCUAGGCUUCGAAUGGAGAAACGUCAUAAUUAUGUUAGGAAAACUGCUGAGCUUGCAACCCAAUUCUUCAUAAACCCAGCCACAAGCCAGCCCAAUGUAGCGGGUCUGAUCCUUGCAGGGUCUGCUGACUUUAAAACCGAGCUUAGCCAAUCCGAUAUGUUUGAUCCCCGCCUCCAAGCCAAGAUAUUAAAUGUGGUCGAUGUUUCUUAUGGUGGGGAAAAUGGGUUUAACCAGGCCAUUGAGCUCUCUUCUGAGAUCCUCUCGAAUGUGAAGUUUAUCCAGGAGAAGAAGCUCAUAGGCAAGUAUUUUGAAGAGAUAAGCCAAGAUACAGGAAAAUACGUUUUUGGUGUUGAAGAUACAUUGAAGGCUUUGGAGAUGGGUGCUGUAGAAACCCUAAUUGUGUGGGAGAAUUUGGACAUUAACAGGUACUUGUUGAAGAAUAGUGUUACAGGGGAGAUAGUUAUAAAGCAUUUGGCCAAGGAACAAGAGGCUGAUCAAAACAAUUUUAGGGACCAGGCUAAUUCAGCAGAAUUGGAGGUUCAGGAGAAGAUUUCACUAUUGGAAUGGUUUGCUAAUGAGUAUAAAAAGUUUGGGUGUACUUUGGAGUUUGUGACCAAUAAGUCUCAAGAGGGAUCACAGUUUUGUAGAGGUUUUGGUGGUAUCGGUGGUAUUCUUCGAUACCAGCUCGAUAUGAGGUCCUUUGACGAGCUCUCAGAUGAAGGUGAGAUUGACGAUGACUCGGAAUAGCAAUCAUCUGAUUUGCUGGUGCGACGGUCACCGGCGUUUCACCAUGCCGCCGGUGGCAUCAUAAUGCAUGAAACGUCUUCAAAACAUAUGGUGAAUAUCGUUGGUGGUUUCGGAAACAUGAUCGAAAGUGUGGGAGCUAAUUUUAGAGAUCUUGGUGUUGGCCGUUUUGAUGCAUAGCUUGACUAUAUUUGGCAGAUGACACAAUGUGCGCUAUUUGUCGAUGGUGCAAGAAGCUUGAUUAUACUUAUUCAGGUUUUCUAAGAUCUAGGGUUGAAGUCCUUGACAUUCCAUAUACAGUAUUAAGAUCUAGGGUUGAAGUCCUUGACAUUCCAUAUACAGUAUUAUGGCAUGUGUGUGUCAUGGAGUUGAGAUGAAGAUUUUGCUUAGAGUUUUACUUUGACGUUUGGUGCGCUCUCUCUCGCUGUCGCACACACAGUUUAGAUGGUUGCUGCUCUUACACUUGGAGGGUCGUAUCUUAGUAACGUUGGCUAAUUUCUCUGGAACAUAUGAUUCAAGAGUGCGAGGUAGUGUACCGUUUUGAAUAAAGUAGAGUAAAUUGCAAGAAUGUGGGGUAAUAUCCAAUUUUCAUUAAUGUUAGUUGAAGAUUUAUCAGUGUUUGAUGUGGGGUAUGAACACUUUUGGUUUUGCUCAUGUUUUCUCUUAUUUUAUGUAGUAAUACACUAGAAUGUGGGAGUGGUAUACCUGUGCCCUGAUGAUUUUGAAUGAUGACUGUUGUGUGUUG